AUGGUUAUCACCGGCAUCAUGGUACAGCUUGUUGCGUGUAGACUUUUUUUGAUAGUUACCACAACUUUCCAUCGCCGCAUGGUUUGCCGUCCUUCGGUCGCUUCCGAGACAAUAUCAUUGCCAUGGAAGCAGUUCCUGUCAGUGCUCUACGCCGUUUUAGUUCUUAUCCUCGUGCGAUGCAUCUUCCGCGCCGUCGAAUAUUUACAAGGGCAGGAUGGCUAUCUCAUCACCCACGAAAUUUGGCUAUACAUUUUCGAUGCCCUUCUGAUGUUCGGUGUCAUGAUAAUUCUGAACGUUUACCAUCCCAGCAGGAUAAUCACUGGCAAAGACCGGAGACAUAAAGACUUCACAUUGUCAAACAUGCUAAACCAGGACUGUUCUUAG